AUGGAUAAUUGCGAUCCAAUCUUAACACCAGUAGAUGAGAGAUUGAAGUUGACAAGAGAAGGGUCAGGAGAACUUGUGAAUUCAAAAGACUUUAAAGGUCUUGUUGGAUGUCUUAGAUAUCUGACUGCUACAAGACCUGACAUUGUGUAUGCAUUUGGUUUGGUAAGUAGAUUUAUGGAAGAACCCAGACAAUCACAUUUACAAGCUGCAAAACGUAUUCUGAGAUAUGUUAGAGGACCAACUAGUUUGGGAAUUCUCUAUAAUGUUUCAGAAGAUCCAAAAUUAGUUGGAUUUACUGAUAGUUAUUGGGCUGGUGAUACAGAAGGAAGAAACAUCACAUCAGGUUAUGGAUUUCAGUUAGGAACUGGUUUUUUCUCCUGGUCAUCAAACAAGCAACAAGUUGUUGCUCUGUCUACAACAGAAAAUGGAUAUAUAGAUGCUACUAACUGUGCUACACAAGCUGUGUAG